AUGUGGCGAGUAUUGCUUAUUGUCGUUAAGGACGAAUUGAAACCGACGGUUUCCAUCUACUUUGAAUCUCUAUGCCCGGGAUCAAAGUUCUUCUUCAAACAAAUCCUGAAAAAACAUGUGGAUGCGAUGGACUUCAAGAAAGUUAACCUGGACUUCGUGCCGUUUGGAUUUGCUUCACACAAAGAAUUACCGGAAGGCAAGAAUGAGUGGAAAUGUCAACACGGAGAGCCAGAAUGCCAUGGUAACCGAAUGCUGGCAUGUGCUGUGCAUGUGUUGACACCGGAGAGAUCCCCGGUAAAGCCAAAGCCUGAAGACGAAUUUCCGGGACACUUGAAAGAAGCCAGACCUAGAGGACAGAACCUUCUCCUGCAGUACAUGAUCUGCGUCAUGUCCUCAGGGAAUCCCCCGAAAGCAGGCGAAGAGUGUGCCCAAAGCGUCGGGGUUUCUUGGCUUGACAUCAACAAAUGUUUGUACUCACAAACUGGGGAAGAGCUCAUGUUGGCAAUGGAGGGUAAAACGAAGGGAAGGCAUCCAUCGGUUUCCCUUCUUCCUUGGAUCGAAUACGACGGGAUUCACUAUGAUCGAUCGUACCCGAAUUUCAUCGAAACUUUCAAUGCCUAUGUUCAAGCCAGGCCAGGCCACAACAAAAUUGAAGGACUUUGAAAAUAAUUCUCUCUUCGGGUGUUUCAUUCAAGCUCAGGAAUGAUUUAUCAGGCAAGGCUUUUUUCGUGGAAUUCCUCUCAAUCGGCUUCGAAACUUUUGCAUGGAAAAUAUUCCUUCGGUGUCAGCCUAUAGCGAUUGACGUACGAACACAUUCCAGCUGUUUUAUGUGAAUAAACCGAGUACAUUCUUCUUCUUUU